AUGGCUGUUGAGGCCUUGCCAGAAGCUAGUGACGCUGUGCUGGCGGCCGUGCUGUCGCUCAAGGCCGCGUACCACAAGGCGCAGGACUACCUCCUUGAAGCUUGCGAGAUCCAGAGUCGCGAGGUCGUGGAAGCUGGCGGCCUGUGCGUUCUCGGCACGGAGCGGCAUGAGGCCCGGCGAAUUGACAACCAGCUGCGUGGCCGCUCCGGGCGCCAGGGCGAUCCCGGGAGCUCCCGGUUCUUCCUGAGCCUUACGGACAAGGUUUUCCGUGUUUUCGGCGGCGACACGAUUCGCAUGCUGACUGCCGACAUGGGUGGCGCAGAUGAUGUGCCCAUGGUGUCCCCCCUGGUGUCGGGAGCCAUUGACGAAGCACAGAACCAGGUUCAAAGCUUUUUCUUCGGGAUCCGCAAGGAUGUCUUCAAGUACGACGAAGUGCUGGAUCAACAAAGACAGGUUGUGUAUGGCGUGCGUCGGAAAGCGCUGCUAGACUCCGACGAAGGGGUCCUCGACUCCCUGCGAAGCUACUGCACGGAGAGUAUGGCGGAGCUUGUCGAGCAGCUAAUAUCUCCGAGUCAGCCCCUCGAUGCUUGGCCACUGGAACGAAUGGCAGCAAAGCUCACGGCAUGGUUUACCGGCACCCUGUCCGUAACCCCUGAUGAUCUCAGAGCAGUCGCCGGCGCUGGCGGCGAGGAGGGCUGCGAAGCCUUAAGAUGCUGGGUGCAGCGUGAAAGCCUGGAGGCAAUCGACCGCAAAGCCGCGAGGAUUGAUGAGGACGCACCGCAGCUGCACCGCGCGGUGUUCCGGCAGGUGUUACUGAUGCAGAUUGACAACUACUGGAGGAAGCACCUGAAGUACAUGACCUUCCUGAGGAACUACUCAAAGCUCCGGAGUUACGGACAAAGAGAUCCGUUGGUGGAGUACAAGCUCGACGGAUACAAAGCCUUUCAGGUGAUGAUGGGCAAGAUCCGGCGUGACACCGUCUACUACCUCUUCACUUUUCAGCCCAGGCCUUUGCGACCAAUCCUUGACGAGCGCUUUGCUGACAAAUCGCCACCCGAGCCGGAUGCAGGAUUGCUUCAACAGGUUUUGGGGCUCCUGGAUGUCACGGGGCCCCUCCUGCCUCUGAGCGAUGGCCGCUUGGCCCAUCUCCUGGAGGAAGGCGGUUUGAAGAAUUCCGAGGAGCGCUUGCACUG